GAAAAUAAAAAACUUUAAUCUAGAAUUGGGAGAAACUCGGCCUAGGGUUUCUAGCCUCCUCCUCCUCGACAGAGCCGAAAAUCACGAGCCCUAGUUUCGUUUUGUUGUGACGAUCCAUAUUUUUGGUAAGCCCUUGUCAUUGAAUCAGCCUCCAAAUUCCUCUGAGAAUCCCCCCUUCUCGCGUAUUUUGGCCUUGGGAUCCGAUCUGGGAGGGACCCUUUGAAGGAGAUCGAGCUUCGGAUUCGGAUACGAUUACUGGCUCGGAGCUUUACUGAGCUUUUUUCGCGAUAAAUUGACAAGAAUUAAGUACCCGGUUUUAGGGUUUUUGGGGGGUUUGGGGUUAACAAUGGAUGACCUUGAAAAGGCGAUACUGAUUAGUUUCGAUGAAUCGGGUGUUGUUGAUUCGGCGUUAAAGUCCCAUGCGGUUACUUAUUGUCAGCAAAUCAAGGAGACUCCGUCUAUAUGCAGUAUAUGCAUUGAGAAGCUUUGGUUCUCUAAGCUUGUUCAAGUUCAGUUCUGGUGCUUGCAGACUCUGCAGGAUGUUAUAAGAGUCAAGUACGGAUCCAUGAGCUCCGACGAGAAGAGUUACGUGAGGAAAUCCGUGUUUUCAAUGGCGUGCUUGGAGCUGGUUGAUAAUGAGAGUGCUGUUAGAGUUGUGGAAGGACCGGCAUUUGUCAAAAACAAGCUCGCUCAGGUUUUGGUUACUUUGAUAUAUUUCGAGUACCCUUUGAUUUGGUCGUCCGUGUUCGUUGAUUUUCUGCCUCAUUUGAGCAAGGGGGCAGUUGUGAUCGACAUGUUUUGUCGUGUUUUGAAUGCUUUGGAUGAUGAGUUGAUUAGCUUGGAUUAUCCUCGGACAUCUGAAGAUAUGUCUGUGGCUACUCGUGUCAAGGACGCAAUGAGGCAGCAAUGUAUACCUCAGUUUGCUAGAGCAUGGUAUGACAUUGUCUCGUUGUACAGGAAUUCAGAUCCCGAUCUCUCUGCUACGGUGUUAGAUUGCAUGAGAAGAUUUGUCUGUUGGAUUGAUAUUGGAUUGAUUGCAAAUGAUGCAUUUAUCCCGUUACUGUUUGACUUAAUUUUGUCGGAUGGUUUGUCUGAUCAGCUCCGUGGUGCAGCAGCUGGGUGUGUAUUGGCCAUGGUUUCUAAGCGAAUGGAUUAUCAGUCAAAACUUCCCCUUUUACAGACUCUUCAAAUAAGCCGUGUUUUUGGGUUAGUGUCUGAGGAUGUUGAUUCAGAGUUGGUAUCUAAAGUUUCUGCUCUGCUUACUGGAUAUGCUGUUGAGGUUCUAGAAUGCCACAAAAGGUUGAACUCAGAGGACACUAAGGCAAUUUCCAUGGAAUUGCUGAAUGAAGUCCUGCCAUCAGUUUUUUACGUAAUGCAGAACUGUGAAGUGGAUGCUACCUUUAGCAUUGUUCAGUUUCUCCUGGGUUAUGUUUCCACUCUCAAAGGCCUUCCUGCUUUAAAGGAGAAGCAACUGCUCCACCUCAAUCAGAUUCUUGAAGUGAUUAGAACCCAAAUCUGUUAUGACUCUAUGUAUCGGAAUAACCUUGAUGCACUGGACAAAAUCGGAUUGGAAGAAGAAGAUAGAAUGUCUGAGUUUAGAAAAGAUUUGUUUGUCUUAUUGCGUACUGUGGGACGUGUUGCUCCUGAAAUCAGUCAGCAUUUUAUCCGAAAUGCACUAGCAAGUGCUGUUAAAUCUUCUUCCGAGAGAAAUGUCGAAGAAGUGGAAGCUGCCCUUUCACUUCUUUAUUCAUUUGGAGAAUCUAUGACCGAUGAGUCACUGAAAACUGGUUCUGGAUGUUUACGUGAAUUAAUUCCGAUGCUCUUGUCUACACGGUUUCCAGGUCAUUCUCAUAGGCUAGUUGCGCUUGUGUACUUGGAAAACAUAACAAGGUACAUGAAGUUUAUUCAAGAAAAUACCCAGUACAUCCCCAUGGUUCUUGGUGCUUUCCUAGAUGAAAGAGGUUUGCACCAUCAGAACGUCCAUGUGAGCCGUAGAGCUUGUUAUUUGUUCAUGAGAGCCGUGAAACUGUUGAAAUCAAAACUUGUCCCAUUCAUUGACACGAUACUGCAGAGUCUCCAAGAUACAGUUGCCCAGUUGACAAGCAUGAAUUUCUCAUCAAGAGAACUUUCAGGAACUGAAGAUGGCAGUCACAUUUUUGAGGCGAUUGGGUUACUCAUCGGAUUGGAGGAUGUUCCAGCUGAAAAGCAGUCAGAUUAUCUCUCUUCUCUGCUCACCCCUCUUUGUCAGCAGAUUGAGGCAGCACUCGUGCAGGCAAAAAUGGCGAGUCCCGAAGAAUUCCCUGUGAAAAUAGCUAAUAUCCAGUUUGCGAUAAUGGCAAUAAAUGCUCUCAGCAAGGGAUUCAGCGAGCGUCUUGUGACUGCAAGUCGUCCUACAGUCGGUCUCAUGUUCAAGCAGACAUUAGAUGUGCUCCUAAGGAUUUUGAUUGAGUUUCCAAAAGUCGAGCCUCUGCGAAGUAAGGUCACAUCUUUCAUACACCGUAUGGUGGACACCCUUGGAGCAUCUGUGUUCCCUUACCUUCCCAAGGCUUUGGAACAGCUACUUGCUGAAAGUGAGCCAAAGGAAAUGGUUGGUUUCCUACUAUUACUUAAUCAGCUUAUCUGCAAAUUCAACACCUCACUCCGUGAUAUCCUUGAAGAAGUAUACCCUGCCAUUGCUGGUAGGAUAUUUAAUGUUAUUCCAAGAGAUGGGUUUCCCUCGGGUCCUGGGACCAUUACCGAGGAAAUUCGAGAAUUGAUGGAACUUCAAAGGACACUGUACACAUUUCUUCAUGUGAUAGCCACACAUGAUCUCUCCUCUGUUUUCCUAACACCCAAGAGUAGGGGAUUCCUGGAUCCGAUGAUGCAGCUCCUUUUGUACAGUUCUUGUAGUCACAAGGAUAUACUCGUAAGAAAGGCAUGUGUGCAAAUAUUUACAAGGCUAAUUAAAGACUGGUGCCCGAAGCCUUACAGCGAGGAGAAGGUUCCCGGAUUUCAGAAUUUCAUGAUCGAAAAUUUUGCUACAAACUGCUGUUUGUAUAGUGUGCUAGAUAAAUCUUUUGAGUUUAGUGAUGCAAAUACUCACAUUCUGCUUGGAGAAAUCGUCAUAGCUCAGAAGGUGAUGUAUGAGAAAUUUGGUAAUGCAUUUCUGAUGCAUCUUUUGGCAAAAACUCUUCCAUCAGCACACUGUCCACGGGAGUUGGCAGAGCAGUAUUGCCAAAAGUUGCAGGGCAGUGAUGUUCGGACCCUGAAGUCGUUCUACCAGUCCCUUAUCGAAAGCCUACGCCUUCAACAAAACGGUAGUGUCGUUUUAAGAUAGCUUUUGAGAUACACAGAUAAGAUGCACAAUAAGAGAGUAGAACAUGGGCUGUAACUCAUUUUCACCAUGAACUAAGGUUUUGCGGAUGUAAAUACCGUUUUGUGUUAUUGUCCACUUCCAAAGGCACCAAGCUGUAUAUGACGAAAAACAACUUCUUUACGACAUUCAUCACUUCUGCUAGUUUCCAAGUCACAUUCCAAGCAGUUUGUUGUUUUUUUUUUUUCCUUUAUGGGUUUCUCAUGAGGUUCAUGUCCGUAGUCUCUUCACUUCUCCAAUUUUGAUUUCAUCAGUGUCUUCUUCCUUCACCAAGCAGUGCUUUUUUUUGUUCUUUUUGUUUGUUUGGGAUUUUGUCAAAGGUCUCAGGUGUUUUCUUGUUCUUUUUAUUACAUGAAGUAGAGUAAACUGCUAGCAUACAAGAGGAGGAGAGACCAAAGUUUUGGCUUGAUUUUAUUUAUUCAAAUAAUCUUAAAUUAUGUUUCCCUGUUA